UCCAGCGGAGACACAACAUGGUUCUACAAAUUGACUGAAAACGAAGAAGAAUUAGUGUUCAAAUUUUCUUCCAAAGAAUGAAAAAAUGGGUAGCUCUUCUAGGUGGAGCGAUGUUCUGUGUUUUAUUUUUCUCCAUGUACAUGGUCGUGGAUCAAUUAGGGAAGACGCCGAAUUAUAGAGAAGCCUUUGAAACCAAGGUAAAUGAAAAGAUAAAAGUUCCCAUAAAAAACUUAGAGCAUGACAUGCAACAGCUAGAGGGAAGCCUACGAAUGUCAGGCAAAGUUAUUAGCCGAAUGCAAGACACUGUAGUGCGUUUCCAUGCUGGAGAUCCACAUCUUAAUUUUACCAUACAAGAUAUCCACAUACCAACUGUACAUAACUAUAAAGAAGAACACUUUACAACUACUAAUAAAAAACCUGUAUUACAGGUACAUCAAUUACGUACUGAGGGGAAAUCCAGUAAUUAUGUAGAAAGUGUACAGGGAAAAACCAGUGAUGGUGUUGAUGAUGGAUGUGUUUUCUCAAGAGUAAGGUCUUGGAAAUCUACAGAUGUUAAGAUGCUUGAUGCAUUAGAUGUGAUACCAUUUGAUAAUCCUGAUGGUGGUGCCUGGAAGCAAGGAUGGCCAAUCACAUAUGAUGAUCACUCAUUUGAUGAACAACCCCUUAAAGUCUUUGUCGUUCCACAUUCACAUAAUGAUCCAGGUUGGAUCAAAACAUAUCAACAAUAUUUCCAUGAUCAAACACGACACAUAUUGCACAACAUUGUGGAUGCUCUUGAUGAGGACAAGCGACGGAAGUUUAUCUGGGCUGAAAUAUCGUAUUUCUCUUUAUGGUGGAGCAGCAUUGAUGAAGGCACACGGUCAAGAGCUUUAAAACUCAUCAAGAAUGGCCAGUUAGAGAUAGUAACAGGAGGAUGGGUGAUGAAUGAUGAAGCUAAUCCACACUUCUAUUCCAUGCUGGAUCAAAUGAUUGAAGGACACCAGUGGAUAAAGAAUAAUCUGGGAGAAGACAUUAAACCUAUAUCUGGGUGGGCUAUAGAUCCAUUUGGACACACGCCCACUAUGGCUUACCUACUGAAGCGCAUGGGUUUUAACAACAUGUUGAUCCAAAGAGUGCAUUACCAGGUGAAGAAGUACCUUGCUAAGACAGCUGAUCUGGAGUUCAUGUGGAGGCAAACCUGGGAUCAUGGUUCUUCUACUGACAUAUUCUGUCACAUGAUGCCAUUCUAUUCCUAUGACGUCCCUCAUACAUGUGGACCAGACCCAAAGAUCUGUUGUCAGUUUGACUUCCGUCGUCUUCCUGGUGGUGGAAUCACAUGUCCAUGGAGAGUUCCACCAGUACCAAUCACUGAUGCUAAUGUGGCUGAUAGAGCACAAACACUGGUUGACCAGUAUAAGAAGAAAGCCCAGCUGUACAAGACCAAUGUGUUGUUUGUUCCCUUGGGUGAUGAUUUCCGCUACGAGAAGAAAUUUGAAACGCAUGCACAAUACACAAAUUAUCAGAAAUUAUUUGACUACAUUAAUUCCCAUCCAAAGUUGAAAACUCAGGCACAAUUUGGAACACUAUCAGAAUACUUCAAUGCUAUUUAUAAAAGAACAGGAACAGAACCUGGACAAAAACCAUCAAAGUUGAAGACUCUUAGUGGAGACUUUUUUACUUACUCUGACAGAGAUGAUCAUUACUGGAGUGGAUACUACACGUCCAGACCAUUCUACAAGAACCUCGAUCGAGUCAUGGAAUCUCAUCACCGUGCAGCAGAGGUCUUGUUCUAUCUAGCCCACUCACGCGCCAAGCAAAAAGGCUCUGUUAGUUUUGCUUCUGAUGAACUUUACAAACUACUUACUAAAGCCAGACAGAAUAUGGGGCUAUUCCAACACCAUGAUGGGAUUACAGGAACUGCUAAAGACUUUGUGGUCGUUGAUUAUGGGAAUAGGCUACACAAAUCCCUCCGCGACAUGCAGCAAGUUAUGAAAGACUCUGCACAUUUUCUGCUAUUGAAGGACAAAGCUGAGUCACCGGGGAAUCACGUACCGCGUCUAAAAAUAGCUGAAGAGAGACUUGCUCAGGACUCCAUUCCUCAGAAGGAAACCAUCAUAGUAUCGAGCACUCCAAGGAGUGUAGUAUUCUACAACCCUCUAUCAAGACCACGAAGUGAUGUGGUUAGUUUGUAUGUGUCAAGUCCGCGAGUGACGGUAAAAGAUAGUGAUGGUAAUGUCGUACCCAGUCAAACCAACCUGGCAUGGGAUGAUGACCACAAGAUAUCCUCCACAAGAUACAAGCUGGUUUUUGUUGCCAAUACCACCCCCCUUGGGCUAUCAAUGUACCACAUCAAGGAAGGAUCACGUGAUAAUGAUGAGCACCAUACAGCUAAACUGACAGCCUACACCAGGCAAAGUGAGAUCCCAAAACCAAACGAGGAGUUUAGCUUCCAGACUAAAGCCAGCGGGUCUGAGACAAUCAGUAUUGAGAAUGAAGAUAUCAUGGCUGAGUUUGAUAGCAGUAGUGGCUUCCUAAAGAGUAUUACCGACAAGGCCGACAAAUCGAGGACAGAUAUAAACAUCGAAUUUGUCACCUAUGGAACCAAGGGCUACGGAGACAAGAGCGGUGCUUACUUGUUCCUACCAGAUGGACCAGCUAAGCCACAUUCUCCUUUAGAAGAAGUAACAGUAUAUGUGACGAAAGGAAAAGUGAUGCAAGAAGUGCGUGUAGCUUUUCCUAACGUUCUACAUGUCGUCAGGAUCUACAGUGUGGAUGGCCCAGAAAGCAAGAUGCUGGAUAUCCAAAACACGGUUGAUAUCCGUAGCGCGUCCAACAAGGAGUUUGUCAUGCGUGUAACCAGUAACAUUAAGAAUCCCAACAGAGAGUUCUUCACCGACCUGAAUGGGUUUACGAUCCAAAAACGUAAGACAUUAGAUAAGCUCCCGAUCCAGGCCAAUUUCUACCCCAUGCCAUCCAUGGCCUUCUUACAGGACCGUACGAAGAGAUUGAGUUUACUAUCUGCCCAGCCCAAUGGAGUAGCAUCUCUGCAACCAGGUAGUUUAGAGGUAGUGUUGGACAGAAGACUAUCCCAAGAUGAUAACAGAGGUCUUGGUCAAGGAGUCCUGGACAACAAACGAACACCUUCCAACUUUAGACUGUUACUAGAACGUUUUAAGGACACCGGCAAAGAUGCGCCCAAACGGGAAACGCUUGUCUACCCUUCCUUACUGGGUCACCGAUUGUCAGACCACCUCCUUCGCCCCCAAUUCACCUUCUAUACUCAGGCAGAAACAUCCGAUGCAUAUGGGAAACUGUUACCUAGUUUCUCUGGUUUGACGACACCAUUGCCAUGUGAUGUCUCGCUUUUGAUGCUACGAACGAUUCAAGAUGGCGCCGCGUCUAGACCUUCAGACGAGGCACUUAUGAUUGUACAUCGAAGAGGCUAUGACUGUAGUGUCAUAAAUAAGUGCUUGAAGAAUACUAGCCUUGGCAAGGUCAUUCUAGGGAACCUAUUCAAAGGUUUGUCAAUGUCAGAACUCAAUGCUGUGACACUAACGAUGCUACACGAACAAGAGAAGAAAGAUCCUUCGACACCGGUCAAACUCGACCCAAUGGAACUCUACUCCUUUAGAGUCAAGCUAAGCUAAAAUAAUUUAUAUAUUAUUUUUUAAUGAAGUAUUAAGUGAUAUGAUGAAUGACUACCUCACACGCUGAGGAUAGAUAGAAGUCGGGGUCUCAUAAAACGAUAUUUUUAGAAGUUUAGAACUCUGCUGACAUUAUCAGAAACUGAAUCCACAACUGUGAUACACCUAUUUAAAAAAACGUUGAAGGGGCGAACGACAAAUGGCGAUCGGCGAUUGGCGAUUGAAAAACACAGCGGGUAUGCAUCGAAACUUGAAACAUCGAAACAUGCGAACUCUGUGUCUGCGAGCUGCACGCAAAAAUUUGGCUUUUCGCUGCCGUCAAUCAAACCUAAUCAGUCGGUAUCUUUCAUUUAUAUGACUGGCGGUAGCGAAAAACCUUCAACAUUUUUUGAAAUAGCUGUAUGCUGUAGAAUUUCCUAAUGAUAGAACGCCGGAUAAUGGCGGAAAUAAACUAGGUUCUUUUCAAAAUGUCCUCUUAUUUUUUCAUUAUUUGGUACUGGAUCUAAAGUGAUUGGAACCAGUGCAAAAUAAAAGAAAAUGAACAAUUUGCAAAGCUCUUAGCAACCACAUUUCAGUUUGAAGACUUGUACUAGACGCUGUCAUUUUCUAUUUAUAUAGUGUUUCAAAGCUUGAAAUUUGAUGGCGUCACACUUUGGCAUUCUAUUCGGUUAACCCAUAAGAAUCACUACAUUAAGCAAAGCGAAUAUCGUUCAUAGUCGACUAAUUUCUUAAAACCGAGCGUUAACCGAUUAAAAUAAGUGAGCUCGGACCUCGAACACAAUCUCAUACGUUAAUUUCUUGUUCUUAGGAACUAUUAAACUGGCGUUCUUCAAUAGGACAUUUGCAUUAUGACGUCAUUAACUACAACUACCAGAAUCCUUUGCACACUUUCUUUUUUUUUCAGUUAACAAGCACCAGUUGUCUUUCUAUUCUCACGAGGAAAUAAUUUGAAUAAGAAAAGUGCUAGUGGUAGGAUAAUGACGUCAUCAUGCUAAUUACCUAUUUACCCUAAACAUGUUUUCCCAUUUCAGACCACUGUGCCAUUUAACAAAAGAGUUCUUUUUUUCUUUUUUUUUUUUUUUUUUUUUCACAUACAAAAUUACAAGUUUUAAAUUAGACAUUCAGUAAAAAAAAAAAAACAGUGGAAAGGUACAAAAAAUAACAACCGAAAAGGGUUAAUUGGGGAUUGGCUCCUUAUUUAGUAACUAGGAUAAAGUUAAUUAUGGCGGAUAAAUAUUAGCAUCCUUUGUUAACGGCACCGCGAUGACUUUUGUCUUUUAACUCUCCUGUUCAACCGUUAAUGGAAUGAACAAUAGGGAAUGACACGUGGUCUGUAAUGGGAAAACAGGGAAACGAAGGUAAAGUGGUCUAUUCCGUACAGUAACCGAGUCGUAUACCGAAUUCCACUAAGUUAAAUAAAAAAAUAAAUAAACAUUCAAAAUAAUAUUCAAAAAUCCGAAACGUAUUGCAUUCUGGUCUAGCUUGAGUUAUUACAUCACCUUAGAUUGUGGUUUUUACUCUAGCUAGACAAGAAUGGCCCUUGUUUCGGUAACAGUUUUCUUUGAUGGGUAUUACUAUUUGGGAUGCCUGUGGUAAGGUAUAAGAAGAAGGACUGGGGACGUCUACCUUCCCCGUUCAACCACAGCAGGUCCAAGGAGGGUACGCAAUGUUGAUUUUUUUAGUCCAAAAACAAAUUCUGAUCACUCGGGGAGGGUUAAUCUUCAUGUUUAUUCAAGAGGCAGGGUAAGGAAAAUAGUUUUAUGAUAAUAUAAUUGUAUAACAUGAAUUUUGUAGCAGUAGACGGUGACAAUAAUACA